AAGAAAAAAAAAAACCAAGAAAGAUAAAGAAAUCGAAAAUGGGAAGUCGAGUUCUGCUCUCACUCUAUUCUUCGGCGCCAUUUCUCUCUCUUUCUUCCCCUCAGCUACGAUUCAAAUCCUCUCUCGCUGCUAGGGUUUCGUCUCACAUGGCGCACGCAGCCUCAUCCGCUAGCUCCAACAAUCCCUCCGCUUCCUCCGCCAUUGAUUUCCUCUCUCUAUGUCAUCGCCUCAAGACAACGAAACGAGCGGGAUGGUUGCGAAAAGACGUACAGGAGCCUGAAUCUAUAGCGGAUCAUAUGUAUCGCAUGGGUUUGAUGGCUCUCAUUGCGCCAGAUUUUCCUGGCAUCGACCGAGAUAAGUGUGUCAAAAUGGCUGUUGUUCAUGAUAUUGCAGAAGCAAUUGUUGGGGACAUAACCCCGGCAGAUGGAAUUCCAAAAGAAGAAAAAAGCCGACGAGAACAAGAAGCACUGGAUCAUAUGUGUAAAGUGCUUGGAGGGGGAUCUAGAGCCAAGGAAAUUGCUGAGUUGUGGACGGAAUAUGAAGCGAAUUCUUCUCCAGAAGCCAAAUUUGUCAAGGACCUUGACAAGGUAGAGAUGAUCCUUCAAGCCUUGGAAUAUGAAGAUGAGCAAGGGAAGGAUUUGGAUGAAUUUUUCCAGUCCACUGCUGGGAAGUUCCAGACUGAAAUUGGCAAAGCCUGGGCAUUAGAGAUAGUUUCGAGAAGGAAUAAAACUAAUGAUUCUAGUCCUUCUAAUUCCACCAAAAAGUGUAUAGGGCUAUAAAAGGGAAAGAGGAAAAAAAGGGGUUGUGGUGUUUUUAAUUCGUUUGGAUGAUACAUUUCAUUAUUUAAAUGUGGCUCUUCUGAAGCAUGGUGUAAUUUGCAAAAUGACUAUAAUGAUAACAGUGGAAAACUGUGCUGAUUGCCAUAAAUGGGGAAAUAUUAGCUAUGCAGGAAGUAGCAUGUAGCUGACAAUUUCACAAGGAGAGGUAAUACGAUCUAACUGAAUAUCAAACUUGUUCAUUAAGCCUCGUUGAAGUAUUUGAAUUAUUUUACAUGAGGACAGGACAGAUGAUUGAUCAAUUAUUUAACAUGUAAAUUUGCGAAGCUGGUAUACAAUCUUUUUUGUUUAUUA